AUGAGUGAAUCAAUCAAGGAAUCUACCGUUAGUGAUAGUAUUGAUAAGCAGGCAACCAAUACAACUAAAUCUAAAAAUGAUGCGCAAUCGGAUGAUUCUGAACUUAUGAGAGCUAGGGAAGAUUCUAAGCAUGAAAAGAUCACUUUAGACGAAGUUAUCGAAAUGAGACAGCAAGUAGAAAUUCUAAUAGACGCCGUAAACAAGAGGAAAAGAAAGUGCAAGGAGAUUGAAAAUGAAGGCAAAUAUUUGCAAGAUUACAUUGGCUCAUUGGUUCAAUCAGAUACUCUCAAAAGAUAA